AUUUUCCUCCUUACCAAACACAGAAAGAGCAAGAAACUUCUGUUGUUGCUUACACACGAGACCUUUUAGCCGCCUCAAGUGCACAACAAUUUAGUAAUCCUUUAGUACUAAUUAACUACUGUUUUGAUCUGUUUCACUGACUAAAAGUCAAAUCUUGAUUCUCUGGCAUUUUCUCUAACUCCCCAUCUACCCACGAUCACACUAUUUCUUUCUUCUUAGCUGAAGCAAGAACUGAUUUUUAAAUUAUGUUUUCUUGAAAUGUCAUCAGUUGUUCCCUUCCUUAAGCUGAAAAAAAAGAACUCAAAAUGAGAGGAAGCUUAGCUGGUGCCCCACCUAGUCCUAUUGAACCUAGACAGAGGCUCUCUGUGUCCACCGAGGAAACAAGCAAAAGAAGGUUCUUGAGAAGUAAAGUUUUCAGAGAUGGGGAGAGACCCCUUCAUAGUCCCACCAAAAACAGGAAUUUUAGCUGCAAGUUCCCAACUAUAAAGCUCAUAUUGGGUGUUAUUGCUCUGGUUGCAAUUUGGUCACUCUGGCAUUCUCCAGCAAUUCAUAACACGGAAUACCUAUCUAGUUCCGGCUCUCGGGCUGCUUUGGUGCACAGAGAGUUAAGUGGUCAUUCUUCAGCUGAUCAACGUUAUACAUCACUUUUAGAUAUUGACUGGGACCAAAUUUCCCAAGUUAUUGAGAAACUAGUCGAUAGGCAUGAGUAUCAGGGUGUAGGGCUAUUAAACUUCAAUGACAGUGAAAAUGAUCACUGGAAGGAGUUAUUACCGGACGCUGAGCAUGUAAUCUUGAACCUGGAUCACGUCCCUAAUAAUAUAACAUGGGAAACUUUAUACCCUGAAUGGAUAGAUGAAGAAGAAGAGUUUGAGGUCCCCACUUGUCCUUCUCUACCCAAAAUUCAGUUUCCGGGUAAACCAAGGAUUGAUCUCAUAGUUGUAAAGCUUCCAUGCAAGAAGUCUAAGGACUGGUAUAGAGAUGUAGCUCGUUUUCACUUGCAGCUAGCAGCAGCAAGGCUGGCUGCCAGUAAUAAGGGGUAUCAUCCAAUACAUGUGCUUCUAGUUACUGAGCAUUUCCCGACCCCCAAUCUGUUCACCUGUAAAGAGUUAGUUGUACGUGAAGGCAAUGCAUGGCUAUAUGAACCUAAUUUGAACACUUUAAGAGAGAAGCUCAACCUCCCUGUUGGGUCGUGCGAACUUGCAGUUCCUCUCAAGGCUAAAGCAGAUUGGCACUCUGGAAAUGUAAGAAGAGAAGCCUAUGCAACUAUUCUCCACUCAGCAAAUUUUUAUGUAUGUGGAGCCAUAGCUGCAGCUCAGAGUAUCCGCUUGGCAGGUUCAACACGAGAUCUUGUGAUACUUGUUGAUGAGACUAUCAGUGACUACCACAGGGGUGGUUUGGAGGCUGCCGGAUGGAAGAUCCACACGAUAAAGAGAAUAAGGAAUCCUAAAGCUGAACAGGAUGCCUACAAUGAGUGGAACUAUAGCAAAUUUCGUCUCUGGCAGCUGACAGAUUAUGACAAAAUCAUCUUCAUUGAUGCGGAUUUGUUAAUACUGAGAAAUAUUGAUUUUCUCUUUGAGAUGCCUGAAAUAACCGCAAUUGGAAAUAAUGCAACCCUUUUUAAUUCAGGUGUGAUGGUCGUUGAACCAUCGAAUUGCACAUUUCAGUUGUUAAUGGAUCAUAUCAAUGAGAUUGAAUCAUACAAUGGUGGGGAUCAGGGUUAUCUGAACGAAAUCUUCACCUGGUGGCAUAGGAUCCCAAAACAUAUGAACUUUUUGAAACAUUAUUGGGAAGGUGAUGAGGAGGAGAAGAAGCAUAUGAAAACACGUCUUUUUGGUGCUGAUCCUCCAGUUCUCUAUGUCCUGCACUACUUAGGUCUGAAACCUUGGUUAUGCUUCAGGGACUACGAUUGCAACUGGAAUGUGGGGAAAUUGCAGGAGUUUGCAAGUGAUGUGGCACACAGGACGUGGUGGAAGGUCCAUGAUGCCAUGCCAGAGAACUUGCAUAAAUAUUGUUUGCUUAGGUCUAAACAGAAGGCUGCACUGGAGUGGGAUCGAAGAGAAGCUGAGAAAGCUAACUAUUCAGAUGGUCAUUGGAAGAUCAAAAUAAAGGACCCACGUUUGCAGACUUGUUUUGAAGAUUUUUGCUUCUGGGAAAGCAUGUUAUGGCACUGGGGUGAAACAAACUGGACAGAUAAUGCCACCUCUACUCCAACACCUCCCACGGUCAAUACUGUUUCACUUUCUUCUUUGUAACUUAGGAGGUUCUGUUACUAUACCUAUCUAGUCUGUAAGUAAUACAGUCACAAGUUGAAUGUCAGGCAAUGCCAUUAGUAUACGUGGUAUUUAUACUUGCCCCGUCCUCGAAUAUAGUCCUGCUCUGCAAGUAUGUGACAUGUAUUAUUUGCCA